AAGUGUAUAAUCUAUGCUUCUCGUACAUAAAUGUCAAUAUUAUCACCUUUUUUGUAAAGCUAAUCGCUAAGAUCAUUAAGGACUAGAAUAUUAGCUGACCCAAACAUUUAGUUCCUCGUAGAUCUACACAAAAAAUACAGAUACUUGUGAAUUCGAUUUAUAAAUGUAAAACUGCUAAAUAAUGACAACUCCCGAAUCUCCACCACCUGACGAAGUACAAAAACUUGAAGGAUGGACCAAAGACGAAAAGCUGUCCCUUUUAUAUGCUUUAAAAACCUGUGGAUCAAAAAAUAUAGACUGGAUUCAUCAAAACAUAUCUACGAAAACACCAGAAGAAAUCAUACAUGCUAUUGAUUAUUACAAAAAUCUAGCCCUACUAGAAGUGAAACCUUUAGAUAAGAAGAUAAAAACUAAUACGCGUCCCUGUAAGAAUCCACGAAUACCAUUAGCGUGUUGGGCAAAACUAUUAACAGAUACACUACACUACAAGAGCUUACAAACGGAAACAUCCACUGCUAUUCGCAUGAUUGCUGAUUUGGAGAACAUACCACCUGCAUUAAAUACAGACAAGUUUGAUUUUAGAAAGAUUUACUUACAAAUAGCAAAUGCUAUGGAUGGGAAACCAAUACCCGAUGACAAAUAUUCAGGAUUAAUAUUGAAAAAAUGUAUAUUAGAAACUGCACUAAUAAGUAAAGCAUUCAUUCGUACUAGCUCCCUAAAAAAUCUUUGUAAAACUAUUACAGUUACCCAGAAAGAAAUGAAUUACUAUCCAAUGUUUGUCCACAACAAGGAAUUAGCUACAGUUCGGCAUUUGGCUUCACAGAGAUCAUAUAAUCCACUAAAUAUUCCAGAAGAAUUCUUGAAACCUUCACUGUGUAUAAAGUCAAAAGAGGAAGAAAACCAAUUAUUGUAGAUUUACAAGUCAUGCAAAAAAUUAUGGUCCUCAAUUUUGUUUAUGAACAAUAAGAUCAGUAUUAACAUAUUAUACCGGAAAAAUAAAUGAUGGUUAAAUAUACUCAAUUACAAUUUUAAUCUUAUUCAAUUUAUUUUUACUUUUAUGCAAUAAUUGUCCUUGCUUAUCAAUAAUAAUUUCUAGAUUUAUGGAUUAAAUUUAUGCAAGAGCCGACUUAACCUAAUAGCUGUAUGGCUCUAAUAAAGAUAAAAAAAUAAAUAAAAACAAAAAUAUGCAAUAUGAAAUUGUUCCUGGUUAAUAAUUAAGUUGUUUAAGUAAUAAUGAUCUCUAUUACCAUUCACUGUUCAAACUAUGUAAUUGUCCUGAUUUCUACAAUGUUUAAUGACCAUUACUGUACCAUAAGCUGGACUUCUGAUUCUCAAUAUCUUUAGUAGUGUAGUAAACAAAGACAUCAUAAACUGCUUUAUGUAAAUGGGUGGGAAACAUGCUCCUAGAUCUUAACAUCCUAAAGCCUCCAAUAAGCUCCUGGGUUGCUAAGUGCUUUGGGUCUUAGCCUUGGUUAAUUUUUUUUAUUUUUUAUUGCUUAGAUGGGUGGACGGACUCACAGCCCACCUGGUGUUAAGUGGUUACCGGAGCUCAUAAACAUCUACAACGUAA